AUGGCUUCUCAGUUCGCCAUCCUUGCCAUUGUUGCGCUUGUUGCCCUCCCGUCGGUCGCCUUGGCGACGCAGUGGACCGUUGGAGACGAUAACGGCUGGACCAUUUACUACAAUUACACGGAUUGGGCUAAGGACAAAGUGUUUCGAGUCGGAGAUAGUCUAUUGUUCAACUAUCAAGUGGGCAACCACAAUGUGUUCAAAGUGAACAUGACCGACUUCCAAGCGUGCAACAUCCCGCCGGCGUAUGAGGCCUUGGCAACUGGCCAUGAUGUCAUCCCUCUUACGGCUCCCGGGGUCAAGUGGUACAUCUGCGGGAUCGGUUAG